GUCAGAGCAGAUUUUUUUUUCUUUUUCUAAAUCUUGAGAGAGAAAGAGAGAGAGAGAGAGCAAUUAUAUGUUUCCCCUUCCCGUUGAAGCUUGGAUGCUAGGAAGUUGUCUUUCCUGAAAGCUUUCCAUCUCCAAGUACUCAACACAGUAUAAAACACAUGACAAACACCACAGUUAAGCUCUCCUCUGCAGAAUGGAAAGCAAAUUCCUUCUCAGAAAAGAAGCAAAUUUAGUAUCCCUUGAUAGUAGAAGACUUUAUCACAAGGAAACAAUUAAGACUCCCACUCCCACUCCCACUCCCACUUCCACUCCCAAUUCCAAAUCCAAUUCCACUUCUUGUUCUUGUUCCUCUUUUGGUUCUUCGCAAUGCUGUGAUAAAACCACCGAGUGCCUCUGUAGUGCUUGCUUACUCUGUGUUUGUUGCCCUCUAGCUGUUGUUUGGGGUUGCUUCAAACUUCCAUGCCAAAUUGGGUGGCGUGCUGCAAAACACGCAAAGAAGUGGACUUGCUGUGGAUCAGGGAUGAAGGGUUUUGCUGAGUACUCUUCAUUUUCUGACAACGAUUCUGAUUUCCAGCCAAGUAGUACUCGUACAUGUUCCAAGCCUGUGAGUGUUCCAAAGAAGAGAGUGACACAGAAGGCUAAUGGGUUUCAAUCUAACAAGUCUGUUGCUGCCCUGAAUUCCCAUUAGAAUUUUAUUUCUGGGUUUUAUGUUACCUACCUCAUAUAUGUUUCAAUUUCUGAUCUUGUUGCCUAAAUUGUCAAAUUCUCAUUGUUUCUUGAUAUUAAUGGUGUGAUAUAUGAAGUGGGUCUGCAUAUGAUCAUAUGGGGUUUGAAUCAUAUCUGGGAAAAUUUUGUUUUUAGAUUUAGAUCAUUGAUUUAUCAAAUUGCUGGUUCCACUUUUGAAA